AUGGCAAAACGAUCCUCGGGCACGAUACCACCGUCCUCACCCCAACCACAACCACGACCAAGCCACCAGCGACAGAAAGCUCGCACCAGUUCCAGAUCGAGGUCGUCGUCACCGCCAGCCUGGACCAGGAUGCUGCUGCUGCUGUCGCUGCUGAUGACGGUGCUCAUGCCCAGCCCAGCGAUCGCGGCCGGAUCCUCGUUCGCGUCCCAGCCCAUGACAUUCUGCAAAUGUAUCUGCUUUGGCAACUCGACCAUUCUGCCCAUAUUUCGACCCCGCGACCCGCUCAGACCGUGUCUGACCUGCACACGACAGGUGAGCUCGCCCUGGACAAGAGCAGAAUCCGGAUCCCAACCAACGUGAUCCGUGAUCAGCGGUGGUAUUGAAACAUCUUCCGAUGCCCCCGCCUCCAGUUCUGCCUGGAACAAAAACUGCCGGCCUGCUUGAACGCCAAAGCGAGCGAUGAGGACUUGGACGUCGGCACGGGCGAAACGGGGGACGUGCAAGCUCGGUGUUUCCGUAGGUUUGGUCUCACACUGGCAGAGCGAGCAAAGCUCACAUGUUCUCUCUGACGGUUGGCUUGCAGAACGCGACUCUCCGAAAUCGCACGUGCUCGUCGUACUCUUCCUUGUCGUUACGAGUUCUCUCCUCCUCGGCGCCGUGCUCAAGCAGAAUGGGAUCGACCCGGCCCAGCUGGCGACACGAGGUGGAUUCUCGAGCACGGUCAGCGUAAGUGGAAGCUGUGCAGGUACUAGCUUUUGGCUCUCUGUACUGAAGGCCGUAUGUCGGACUUGCACAGGACUUGUCGCACUGGGCGAAUUCUAAAUUGCGAGGACGGCGGGGCGUUGGAUUGAACGGACCCGACGGUAUGGCUUUCCAUGCGCUUCCCAGGCAGGACCGAUGA